AGUAUGUCAGUAUGUUGGUGUGAGUCGUGGUGGACGGUCGCAGUACGUGUUCCUCCGUAGUGCGACCUUUGUGUAUCCUAAGAUUCUUUCACUUAAAAAGGGGAGUUCUAUGACAGGCUUUGCGAUGGAUCGGAUAAUCGUCCUGUUGGCGGUGAUGUGUCUGGCCGGUCUCACGAGUGCUAUGUCGAGACGUCACAGGGACGCCACGCCUUACAUUGACGACGAUUCCAAUCAGCUGUGGGGGGCGGAGGACCCCGCCGGCCCCGCUGAGGGGGAGACUGUCGAUGCACAUUUUCUAGAGCAUCAUGAUCCGUGCCAGGCCCACUUCUGCGAGCGGGGGCGCGUCUGCCGUAUCGACGGGCGGGGCAAGCCCGGCUGCGAGUGCCAGCCCUUCUGCUCGAGGCACCGCAAGCUGGUGUGCGGGGAUGACGGGCGCCUCUACCUCAAUCACUGCGAGCUUCACCGGGCGGCCUGCUUCAUCGGCAUGACCAUUCACAUCGAUCGCAGCCGGAGAUGCUUCCGCAAAGGUCUCCAGCCAGUGACCUGGGACAGCUCCCCCUCCCGCCACACUCCAGCUCCUGCAGUAGCCGACCCCGCCCUAAAUCAGAUCAGCCCAGAUAUACGAAAUGACCUCACGCAGAGAGGAGGGGCCGUCCUAACGACACGCUCCCCUAUCGAGGAUGACCAAAGAGGCGAGGAGGAGGAGGAGGAGGAGGAGGCGGAGGCAGAGGACAGGAGGGCGGAAGGAACCAAGUUGGAGGACAGCAACUCUUGCUCCAUGCAGCAGUACGAGAUCCUUAAGGAUAACCUUUUACUGUACCACCACGCCCGACUCAUGGCCGAGAAGGGACGCGGAUCCGAGAGAGAGUAUCUUGUCGGGCUCAUGUUUUCCAAGUUCGACACCAACAACAACGGCGCUUUGGACCACGAGGAGCUGACGCAGGUGUCCGAGAUGGAGGAGGUUAGCCGCCUGGCGGAGGAGUGCUCGCUGGUGGACAUGCUGCGCUACGACGACGGGGACGGCGAUGGACACCUCAGUCUAAACGAGUUCUAUACCGCCUUCAGUAAGUUGUACAGCGUGUCCGUGGUGUCCCUCGACAAGGCCCUAGAAGUGAACCACGUCUCGGCCCGCGUCGAGGACAACCUUGAGAUCAAGUGCGACGUCACUGGGACCCCAUCGCCCCCCAUCGUCUGGAGAAGGAACGGGCUCGAUCUGGCCGCUUUGAAUUCGGAGGACAUCCGGGUCUUUGUGGACGGGUCCUUGUACCUGACCAGACUACAGCUGAUCCAUGCAGGAAACUACACCUGUCACGCUGAUCGCAACAAGGAUGUCGUCCAGACCCACAUUCUCACUGUGCACACCGUGCCAACCGUCCAGGUGACUCCACACAUCCAGAGCCUGAGACCUGGAGAAGAGGCUGUGAUGAGCUGCAGGGCGACAGGGGAGCCUUUCCCAAAGGUAGAAUGGCUGAAGAAUGACGAGCCCCUGCGGGUGGACAUCCCCCACAAGUACCAGGUCGUCGGGAACGGGACGCAGCUGCGCGUGCGCAACAUCGGCUACGCCGACACAGGGGCGUACAUGUGCCAGGCCACCAGCGUGGGCGGGAUGGCUCGAGACAUCAGCUCUCUCGUGGUUCAAGAGAAUCCAGCUCCAACCGGCGAACAGCAAGAGAGUCGCGUCUUCGUCUUCCACGACUGGGGAGUGGCCGUGUACGAACCGGACGAAUGCAGGCUCUUCCACGUCAUCCAAGGAACUGACGUCAUCCCUGGGACGCAGGAGUACGUCUGCGGAGAUAAAGGUACCAACUGCUCCUGGGGCAGGGCCAUCAACGUCGCCGAAAGAUACAUCUACGUGACCCAGCCCAGACGGGAUCGCGUCCUUGUAGUCUCCGUCCAGCAGAUGGUCGUUGUUGACGUAAUUGUGACUGACCAGUACCCGGUAGAGGUGUCCUAUGUUCCCAAUUUGGACCAAGUUUGGGUUUUGAAUUGGCGAUCCACUAAGGACGAAGGUGUCAAAACCAUCCAGGUCAUUCGUGAUGCCUCCCAGAAGAAGAAACACCACACGGUUCACCCAGAGCCCAUUGACGGUCACUUCGACCUCGUCAAGAACCUGUUCGUGCCUCCAACACAGGACCUGGGCCACGACUUCCGGUACGCUUACGUGACGCACACCAACCAGAGGGGCCUGUACAAGCUGGACUUGGCCAACAUGAAGUACGUGAAGACCGUCGAUCUCACUCCUUACAACUGCGUCCCACAACACCUCGUGUUUUCAUCAUUACAUGGCUUGGUAGUCAUGGAGUGCCACGAGCCAGUGACAGGGCGCCGGACGGGACAGCUGGUUUUGGACUACCUGACCGACGCGGUCCUGAGCCACAAGACGACCCUCAUGGGAACGCCCCACGUCGUGCCUGAUUCGUCCCUCGUCAUCACCGUGGAUACUUUGUACCACGUCAAGAUCGUCGUCCAAAAAGUUACAGACCACGGUCUGGAGUACGUCUUCGACGUCAUCACAACCCUCAACGUCAGUGACGUCACGUUCUUCCCUUCGAGGCUGACUCACAGUUACGACAUGUACGCCGCCUCCACGGACAAGGACGACAUCUUCUUCCUCGACCUGCACACAGGGAAGGUCGAGAUGAUCACAGGAGUGGGCAAGGCCAUGUCCCCAUCACUGGCCGAGUGGGGCAACACCAACCGGGGGAUCGUCUCCUCCGGGGUAUUUGGGCACUACAUGGUCUCCCCAGCGGAGGCUGCCAUCUUCGUCAUCAACGGCGAGACCCGAACAGUCAACUGCGAGAUCGGGUCCCUGGUCCAUCCACGCCUGGCCGUUUGGGUCACCAGGAAGUACAUCUAAGGCUCUAGAUUUAGGCAGGGGAAACGAGAAGAAGAAGAAGAAGAAGAAAGAAGAUGCAGAGGAAGAAAAAAGAAGUCGAGGGCCAUUUUGUGAAGAGUAGAGAAAUCAUACUUCUUUUGUUUUUUCCUGUUUCUUAGGGGAGGUUUUAAACUUUGAUGCUUGGUAAGAUCUGGCAAUUUUUUAGUCCUGCUGGGUAGAGGGAAGCUGAAAAAAAGCCAAGUGCAAGAGGGUCGCUGGAUCAUUUUGUUUUUAUCCCUACUGGACACGCAUUCCGUUCGGCAGCUGUUGAAACGAUUAAAAUGGAUGCGCAAAUCUCCGUCAGUCUUACGAUUUAGAGAAACGAAACGACAGCUUGAAGUCUCAGACACAUAUAUCAGCAUUAAGAGCCUCUGUGAAGCAGAUUCCAAAGUUUGACAUAUUUCGUGUGGGCUUCGAGGUCAGAAGUUGAUGUAGUAGAUACUGAAAAUGUAGUUAAUUUUCUUAUUCAUGGUAAAUAGGUCGUGAUUGGUUCAAGAAUUGCCGACUCAGACUAAAAAUCACAUCUUUUUAAAUAAAUUAAUUUGAUCUUGUGCGAAUAUGAAAACAAAAAAUUUUGAUCUUGAAAAAUCUUCAUGUUUUAGAGGCAAUAGAAAACCCUUGCCCUCUGAACUUGAUUGGUAAAGAUUCAUAUAAAUGGGGAAAAAUAUUUUUUUCCAAUGCCAGCCAAUUAGAAAACGUAGUUUUUCCGAUAACCCACGAAUGGGCAAUAAUUCGAAGCUGCUAAUAAUAAGAUUCAGGAAUAUUAAGUACUUGAACAUGAGGGACACGAACAUCUUCACGUUAACAGCCCUAUAUUAUAGUAUAUAUAAAGCUAAUUGCAAAUGUCAGUGGCAUUCUCAGUCAGUCAUUGAUGAUGUCAUGGAAGACGAAGAAUAGAGAGCCCGAUCUAACACCAGCAAUCAGCUCUCAGCUCUCCUGCCUUACAAAUGAGAGACGAGGAGAAUUCCAAGCGCCCCUCGUCUGUCGCUGCAUCUCGGGACCGUCUCGAGUCUCUAGACCAUUAGGGCGUCGGCGUGAGCAUACGCUAGUCUUGGCUUCAUUUAAGAGAAAUCUGAAGUAGCAGCAGCAGUAGAAACGUUUCCAAGUGGGAUUUGCAAAACGAGCAAAAGGAGGGUGACUUUCCAACGGCUGAAACUACUACUGUACACCUUGUUCGUUGGAUGUCACCCGUCAUCACCCUCUCGCACUCAUUGGCCCAAAGCAAGCGAUGCCCCGGCUGAAAAAACAUCGGAUCAGAAGCAACAUAAAAAAAAAAUAAAAAAUAAA